AUGGCCUUUACUAGAAGGUCUAGUAGUGAGAUAAGACACUAAUGGAGAGAAGAAGAGCUGACUGAGGACUGCUGUCCUUUUGUGAGAAUAAUACUGAUGGACUGAUCAAUUCUAUUCUUCAUUUAAGUUAGUAUGCUGAUAUAUUUGUUUAAAUGAAAACAUAUGUCAUUGUCUACUGGGAAAAUGACAUAAGAACACAAUGAUUCAACAAGUUAAAUCAAUUGGUAGUGAGAAAUGAUACAUUUGACAUUCUCUACCCACAAAAGUACGUCUUUCUUUGUUAUUUUGCUUCUACAAAAGGUGUCAAAGAAUAAUCUAAUUAAGCUGAAUAGUAUGUGGUUCCAGUUUCUCCCAGCAAGGUUGUUUUCCCACAGCAAAUAAAACAACUUUAAUAAGUUCAUCAUGCCACAUUUCAGCCAAAGCACACUAGAGCAUCAAGUACAUCACGUUAAGUUACUGAAGUAUACUCACACGUUUCCCAGCGUCAUAGCACAGUGCAGCAGGGCAGCCCUAUCGGAUGCAGGAAGCGGAAAGGCCCUUAUGAACGCUGGGAGGCCUCUAGUAUUUCCAUUACACUUGUAACCACAAUAAGAAGGAUUCCAUGACAGAAUCACAUUAACAAGGUGUAUAAUAACAUGAGCCAAAUAAGCAACAGCUUCAUUAUCUGUUUCCAGUGUUAAUUAAAGCCAUUAUUUAACUCCAGUAUAAUACCCUGUAAUGUGUGUAUGAUGCUAUGGUGAUUUCCGUCCACCUCACAAAGAUGACAGUUUAACGGACAGAUGUUUAAAAAUCACUCUCUAUUUCUAUUUAGUUUCUGUGAUCUGAGUCAUGUUGCAUUUGUUUGACCGUUCACUUCUUUUAGGUCUAUUGAAUGUAUCAUCAAUGGAGACUCAUUGACCUCCAUACAGUCAGGAGCCUUAUAAAACAGAUCUUCAUGAGAUGUCUUGAGAUGUCUUGUUGUGUUUGUCUCCUCCAGGUAUCAUAGUGAGGUCAUCCAUCUGGCUGGGCCUGCCCAACCUCGUCAAAGGGAUCAAUGUGGCCAACAACAGCGACGUGUGGCCAGAGGUGUUCUGCGUCGGCAGUGCAGUACGUAUGAUACCAACGUCUAGGACUUUUUCCUGACCAUGUGACCUGACCAGGAGAAACUCCUGACCUGGCAGAAGAAGAGUUACGGCAGGUAGCCUAGCGGUUAAGAGCGUUGGGCCUGUAACCGAAAGGUUGCUGGUUUGAAUCUCUGAGCUGACUAGGUGAAAAAUCUGUCAAUGUGCCCUUGAGCAAGGCACUUAACCCUAAUUGUUCCUGUAAGUCACUCUGGAUAAGAGCGUCUACUAAAUGACAAAAAGGAGCUCAGCAAAUAUACAGUACUGAGAGGACCGGGCUAGUAGAUUAUAUUUUACAUUAGAAACAGUCUUGUGGGCCUCCCGAGUGGCGCAGCAGUCUAAGGCACUUCAUGUGGUCCUCUGUAACUCAAUUGGUAGAGCAUGGUGCUUGUAACGCCAGGGUAGUGGGUUCGAUCCCCGGGACCACCCAUACGUAAAAAUGUAUGCACACGUGACUGUAAGUUGCUUUGCAUAAAAGCGUCUGCUAAUUGGCAUAAUUGUUUAAUUUAAUCUCAGUGCUUGAGGUGUCACUACAGCUUCGGAUUCGAUCCCAGGCUGUGUCACAGCCAGCUGUGACCGGGAGACCCAUGAGGCGGCACCCAAUUCGCCCAGUGUUGUCCGGGUUAGGGGAGAGUUUGGCCGGCCGGGAUUUCCUUGUCCCAUCGCGCUCUAGCAACUCCUUGUGGCAGGCCGGGUGCUGCAAGCUGACUUCGGUCGCCAGCUGGAGGGUGUUUCCUCCGACACAUUGGUGCGGCUGGCUUCCGGGUUAAGCGAGCAGUGUGUCAAGAAGCAGUGCGGCUUGGCAGGGUUGUGUUUCGGAGGACACAUGGCUCUCGACCUUCGCCUCUCCCGAGUCCAUAGGGGAGUUGCAGCGAUGGGACAAGACUGUAACUACCAAUUGGAUAUCACGAAAAGGGGUAAAAGUACAAACAAAUAAAAAAUACAGUCACUUGCAUGACAACAUGGUGCUUAAAGGAGUUAUUGUUGCGAAGAACCAUAAAAAAACACAUCUCACUGCACACAGCAGAGAAUGUUGAGGGAAGUCAGGAGUGUUGAACCAACACCUUUAUUUAGAGAAUUUGAAAUUCCCUGAGUAAGUAAAUUACUCUGCAUGAAGCAUUUAACAACCGUGAUCCCGUUUUUGGGUCUUGGACACACUGACACACAGAGAUGGUCAUACCUAGUUGCAACUCUCACCCUGUGAUCGUUAUGCAUGCAGAGCCACGUACAUAGGCCUAUUUGAAAUAAAAGAGAUUAGACCUAGAUUAGAUUUAGUUACAUUAAAAAGCUAUCCGUUACUUAUCAAGGAGAGAUUCUGCACCAUGUAUAUUAUCCUCCUGUAUGAUGCUUGUUGCAGUAUGGUUUAUAUACAGUGGGUUGUUCUGAUGUUGAGUCUGGUUUGUGUUCCCCAGAUGUGGAUCCAGCUGUUCUUCAGUGCAUCCUUCUGGUGGACCUUCUGUUACGCUGUGGACGUCUUCCUUGUGGUCAAAAGAUCUGCAGGAAUCAGGUAUGCUAUACUCUCCUCCUGCUAUCAAUCACAUUCUGCAAUAUCACUUCUAUAUCAAAUGUGUUUUCUCUCAAUCAGUGGUGGCUGGUGUCACUUUAAAUGGAGAGGAUGGGCUCAUAGUAAUAGCUGGAACGGAAUAAAUAGAAUGGUCUCAAACACAUCAAACACCUGGUUUCCAUGGUUUCUAUGUGUUUGAUAUACUUCCAUUCAUUAUUAUGAGCCAUCCCCCCCCCACUAGCCUCCUCUGCUCUCAAUAUACUCUUGGCUAUGUCUCCAGCUGGGAAAAAGUACCACUGCCUCUGAUGUGCGCUCUCAUCAAUAUAAUAUCAGUAACUCGCAAUAUAAUAUAGCUACAACUCCUCAAUAUAAAACUCCUGUGUCUUUCCAGAUGGGGAAAAGGACCACUGCGACUGAUAGUCUGAUGUAGCGCAAAAACAAAUAUUGUGUUUAAUUAUUCAUACUGUACUAAUGAUAUGCCACUUCCAUUAGGCAGAGAAUGUGAAAAUCUGCUCUUCAGUUCUGAUACCACUUCUCUCUGGGCUUUACCGUGUAUCUCAUAUGUAGCCUGACCAGGUGAAUCCAGGUGAAAGCUAUGAUCCCUUAUUGAUGUCACUUGUUAAAUCCACUUCAAUCAGUGUAGAUGAAGGGGAGCAGGUUAAAGAAGGAUUUUUGAGACAAAAUAUUGAAGUGUCUUUGAUGGGGGUAUGGUAGUAGUUGCUAGGCGCACAGGUUUGUGUCAAGAACUGCAACACUGCUGGGUUUUUCACGCUCAACAGUUUCCCGUGUGUAUCAAGAACCCACCCAAAGGACAUCCAGCCAACUUGACACAACUGUGGGAAGCAUUGGAGUCAACAUGGGCCAGCAUCCCUGUGGAUAACUUUCGACACCUUGUAGAGUCCAUGCCCGACGGAUUGAGGCUGUUCUGUGGGAGGGUGCAACUCAAUAUUUGGAUGGUGUCCUUAAUGUUUUGUACAUUUAGUGUAUGUUUAUGUGUUGAAAGCUUUGCCUGGCUCAUGAAUCAUGACUGGGGCCCUGUGUUUUAGUAAAUAAUGUCACAUGACCUGGAUUCUAACCUCUAUUUUAAGCCUUUUCCAGAAAUUAGAAAUACACAAAAAAUGAAAGCAAUUGUCUAAAGAAUGUGCUGGACCAUCUGACAUAAAAAGAAAAGGGGACAGAUUGAUGAAAAAUCUUUAAAUAAAGAUUCAAAUCCAGGUCCUGUGACAUGAUUAACCAAAACAUAGGGCCCCAUGACAUGUGAUGUCUUGUUGUUCCGUCAGUACCAUCAUCCUGUAUCACAUGAUCACAUGGGGUCUGGCCGUGUUGCUGUGUGUGGAGGGUGUGGCCAUGCUCUACUACCCAUCCAUCUCCAGGUAUGUCAACAGCUCGCCAUUGGCUGUGUCUGUGACAUCAAGUUUGUGUUGUCGUGAAUCACACUGAAAAUGUAGGCUUGUGAAGUUGUGACACCAUUUAUGUACUGCUGACUGUCAACAUACUUGGAUGAGUGAACAUUGUCUUAGGAUACAUGAUGAUUAGGGAUGUAUGAUUAUAACAUUGUGCUGACAGGUGUGUUUUUGUAUUUUCUGUGCAGGGAGAAUAACGUGAAUAACAUGUUUUGCUUUUAUCCUUGAUGUUAGACCAGUGCAUUCCAAGACCUGUGCUGUACACUGACAGUCAAUAGCCCAAUUGUAGGAUUUUGCCAAUGAGACCCUUUAUCUACUUCCCCAGAGUCAAAUUAACUUGUGGAUAACAUUUAUAUGUACUGUAUCUGCGUCCAGUAUGAAGGAAGGUAGAUGCAAUUACAUAAAAAUUGAAUCCACCAGUUCAUCUGAUUUUGAAAAGUAGAUAAAGGGCUUCACUGCCAAAAUCCAGAACUACCCCUUUAAAUGACUGAGGAUUGUGGUGUGUAAACCCAACAUGUCUCUGAACUGCUUCUCCUGUGAUCCUUCCCCCAUGCCUGGAGGAUACAUAUAUGGUCGUGUGAUGUGCAGUGCGUUUCUCUCAGUGUGCUCUCUCGUGUUGCAGCUGUGAGAAUGGCCUGCAGCAUGCCAUUCCUCACUACAUCACUACCUACGCUCCUCUACUGCUGGUGCUAAUAGUCAACCCUACGCUGUUCGCCAGGACUGUGUCUGCAGGUCAGUUCAAACUGCCCCUCUGGUGCUGGCUAGCUGUUUAUGAUACAGAGCACUAGACAGGCAAAAUGCAUCCCAAAUGGCACCCUAUUCGCUAUUUAGUGCACUACUUUUGACCAGGGACCACAGGCCGCAUCCACAGGCACACUCAUAUCAGAUAUUCCAUACAGAGAUAAAUACUAACAGCUCUAUUGUAUUUACAUGUAUAGGCCUACAGAAAUGUGUUUAAAUGGGUUCAUUCUUUUAUAGCUAUUCUUUUUCAAAAUAAACAUUCUGUGAUUAUUGUAAAACCAGAAAGAAAGAAAGAAAGAAAGAAAGAAAGAAAGAAAGAAAGAAAGAAAGAAAGAAAGAAAGAAAGAAAGUGAACGUUUGUUUUUUCCAUUCAGUGACAUCAUUAUUGAAGGGACGACAAGGGAUCUACACAGAAAACGAGAGACGCCUGGGAACAGAGAUAAAAAUACGCUUCUUCAAAAUCAUGCUGGUCUUCUUUAUUUGGUAAGAAACUUCUCUUUAUCUUAGAAUAAACCAGAAUAUUGCAUUUCAUUGUGGUAUACACAGUAUGCAGUCUGUAACAUUUAUCCUGUCUUCUAUUGUAUUGUGUUAGCCAAACAGCAUACAAAGCUUGACGGCAAGUAAAUGGGUUAUGGAGGAAUCUAUAUUACAGCUCCUGGGAACAAAGUCAACUUAAAUUUGAUUAAGUUAAGGCAACUGUCCUUCCUGGCAAUGCUGGAGAAUGGCUUAUGUUUGAGCUUCUUUCAUAAAGUCCAUGACCUUCCUUAAAGAGGUCAUACUUAUAAUGCUGUAGUGUAAAUCCAUUUAUUUCUAAAAAGCACUUUCAGAACAUUAUGGAGAGCUGCAGAGGCCCUUGAAUUCUAAGAUCCAAGUUUCCAAAUUGAAUAACUGGCACUUCAACUGAUUUUUUACUACACUUUUUAUCAAUUACUUUAAGGCUGUGUUUACACAAGCAGCUCAAUUCUGAUCUUUUUUUUCACUAAUUGGUCUUUUGAAAAGAUCUGAUGUGAUUGGUCAAAAGACCAAUUAGUGGAAUAAAUAUCAGAAUCGGGCUGCCUGUGUCAACUCAGCCAUAGAGACCUAAUUUGGCAUAUUGUAGGUAGCCCUGGGUGAAUCUGUCUAGUCAGCAAAGGAAGUUAACUAAUUUUUAUAAUAAAAAAUAAGCUUCAUUAUAAAAAAGUAUUGAAAUUCAGUAUGCUUUCCUGAGAUUAAUGUACGAUACCUUUAUCAUACAUUAUCCCACUUUUCAGCUGGCUUCCCAACAUCAUCAAUGAGAGCCUGCUGUUUUACCUGGAGAUGCAGACCGAUAUAAAAGCUGGUGACCUGAAGAAUAUUCGAAACGCAGCCCUCAUCACAUGGUUUAUCAUGGUGGGUUCACUGUCAAUACAUUUACCUUAUAGUAAACGAUCUUGGCCAGAAGUUUUCGUUUGUGCAGGAAACGUGUCCAGCACCAAUGUUAGUGUGUUAUACUGAAGGCUCAGGUUUGUUCAUAUCUGAAGGUCUCUGUGUUGUGUUCUACUGUUUCCAGGGGAUCUUGAACCCCAUGUCAGGCUUCCUCAACACGCUGGCCUUCCAUGGCUGGACGGGCUUCAAAGUGGACUGCAGCCUGCAGAGGAGGAGGGAGCUGGCCUGGGACUCAGCUUCCACCUCUGCGGCUAACGCGGGGGGCUACAACCCCAUCGUGGGCUCCACCCUGCUCUACCAGAGCCAUGUCCAGGAGGCCAAGAACAUGACAGGCAAGAACAUGACAGGCAACGGGCAGCCGGCCUCCGACGCCAUCAGCGUCCUAUCAGAAGGUAAUGGGCAUGUGUGGCUGCAGAGCGGGGAGAAUGGCAAUGGUAACUCCCCAGUGUAUCAAGGCUGGUGAAACCUGUUGUACACACGCUGGGCAUCAUAAUCUAACGUUACAUUCUACAGUGCAUGGUGCUGCCAAUAAAGCUGCACUCAGUUUGUUUCAUAUCAUACCAGCAAGUAUGGGUUUGGUUUUAUAUUAUAAAGUUAUAGAUGACUUCAGACCAAUAGGGAAUGUGCCUCACUCACUGGGCAAAGGUUUCCUUAGUAAAUCCAGUUUUGAUAUAAUAAUACUGUCAGAGAUUGUCCCCCAGGACCAGCUUAGAUGAUGUAUUGUAGAGGAUGAUGGUCUGAGCCAGGAGAAAUGACCAGGGAAAGAAGGCUUUUGUUCUCCUCAUGAAAUGACAUGUACUGUUUGUGUAGUGUAGUAGAACAUGUAUUGAACUGCGAUUUGCUGCUGCAUCUUUUAACUCCAUAAUGUCAAAUAUUUAUGCUCUCACACACAUGAGGACAAAAAUAUAACAUGUAUUUUGGGAGAAAUGUAUGUUUUUGUUGGUAGUUUUUUAAAAGUGUUCUACUAUUUAAGCAGACUUAGGCCUUGAUUCAAUCAGAUCGAGCGUUAACCCGCAUUGGCAGACAUCCGCAUAGCAGAUGUUUUGGCGAUGUUGGAGGUGUAACUG